UCUCGAAAGAGAUAUCUUUUGACUGACGUAGUUUUCUUGUAUUCAGCAGCUUUGCUCGGCACAGGUGCGGCUUUGGUAACCUAGAGUGAAUUGUUACAAUAAAAUAGCUAUUUUGUAUUCACAUUUUUAAUAAAACCACCUAUAAUAAGAUGUACCGCUUGCCAACUGUAUUGAGGACUGUCGCUUCCAGACAAGUAUGUCCUGCAAUAACAAGAUUCUAUGCCAAAGAUGUCCGUUUUGGUGCGGAAGUCAGAGGAUUGAUGCUUCAAGGUGUUGACAUUCUUGCUGAUGCAGUGGCUGUUACAAUGGGCCCCAAGGGUCGUAACGUCAUAUUGGAGCAGACCUGGGGAAGUCCAAAAAUUACCAAGGAUGGCGUUACUGUUGCCAAGGGAGUAGAGCUUAAAGACAAAUUUCAAAAUAUUGGAGCUAAACUAGUCCAAGACGUUGCAAACAACACAAAUGAAGAGGCAGGCGAUGGAACUACAACAGCGACUGUAUUGGCACGUGCUAUAGCUAAAGAAGGAUUUGAUAAAAUUAGUAAAGGUGCUAAUCCAAUUGAAAUUAGGAAAGGAGUUAUGAUGGCAGUUGAAGCUAUUGUUAACAAACUCAAAGAAUUAUCUAAACCAGUAACAACACCAGAAGAAAUUGCGCAGGUAGCAACAAUAUCAGCUAAUGGUGAUAAGGAGGUUGGACAACUGAUAUCAGAUGCAAUGAAAAAGGUAGGAAGAGAUGGUGUUAUUACAGUAAAGGAUGGAAAAACACUGUCUGACGAGCUUGAAGUGAUAGAAGGAAUGAAAUUUGACAGGGGAUACAUUUCUCCCUAUUUUAUUAAUACUGCAAAAGGCGCAAAAGUUGAAUUCAAAGACUGCUUAUUACUGCUGAGUGAAAAAAAGAUAUCAAGUGUACAAACAAUCAUUCCUGCUCUAGAACUCGCAAAUGCCCAAAGAAAACCUCUUGUUAUUGUGGCAGAAGAUGUUGAUGGUGAAGCUCUUAGUACUCUAGUUGUCAAUAGGUUAAAAAUAGGUUUACAAGUGGCAGCUGUAAAAGCACCUGGUUUUGGAGACAACCGUAAAGCAACUCUCCAAGACAUGGCAAUCGCUACUGGAGGUAUUGUAUUUGGGGAUGAAGCGGCCAAUGUCAAAUUGGAGGAAGUACAAGCAUCUGAUCUUGGUGAGGUUGCUGAGGUGGCUAUCACCAAAGAUGAUACUCUUUUAUUAAAGGGGAAAGGUAAAAAGAGUGAUGUAGACAGAAGGGCAGAACAGAUCAGAGACCAGAUCAGUGAAACAACGUCAGAAUAUGAGAAAGAGAAGUUGCAAGAAAGAUUAGCUAGGUUGGCAUCUGGAGUAGCUGUUCUCAAAAUCGGUGGAUCUAGUGAAGUUGAAGUAAACGAGAAAAAGGAUCGUGUAAAUGAUGCUUUAAAUGCUACAAGAGCUGCAGUUGAAGAGGGCAUUGUGCCUGGGGGUGGCACUGCCCUUCUUAGGUGUAUGUCAGUCCUUGAGUCACUGAAGACUACCAAUCCAGAUCAACAAACAGGUGUUGAAAUAGUCAAGAAGUCAUUAAGAAUGCCUUGUAUGACGAUAGCACAAAAUGCUGGAGUAGAUGCUUCAGUAGUUGUUAGUAAAGUUUUAGAAGCUUCAGGUGAUAUGGGAUAUGAUGCCUUAAACAAUGAGUAUGUAAAUAUGAUCGAGAAAGGCAUCAUUGAUCCUACAAAGGUUGUGAGGACAGCGCUGACAGAUGCUGCUGGAGUUGCAUCAUUAUUAACGACAGCUGAAGCUGUUGUGACCGAAAUUCCAAAGGAAGAACCUGCUGUUCCUGGUGGUAUGGGAGGAAUGGGUGGGAUGGGAGGUAUGGGAGGAAUGGGAGGGAUGAUGUAAGCUUUUCUUAGUAAUGAAUUAAGCUUUGAUUACAGUGGUAGUCGCAACAAGUGUUCAUUUAUUUACGUUAUAUUUUUGUAUUUUUUUAUGUUACUAAUUAUAAAUUAACUAUUUCCAACUGCCCGGAAAUUGAAGAUUUCUUAACUAUUUUUUUUUUUUGUUUAUCUUUCCAGUCUUGCAUUGUUUGAACAAAAUUCCAUGAGAAACCUUGUUGUGAAAAUUGUUUUUUGUUGAUUGUACGUUCCAAUCAAUAUAAGUUGAUCAUGACUGUAUUUUUAAGGAAUAAAUAGAUUAACUUAAACAAAACACUUUGUUGUUAUUAUAAAAUGAUUUGAAUUAAUUAAUCAAUUUAAUUAAUUAUAAUUAGACUGAUUUUUUAAGAAGUUAUUGUUACCGGUGUUCUACUAUUCCUUCUUAUGUUUGUACUGUCUCAGUUGAAUGAUGCAUUUGUAAGUUAGGUUUUGAGAGCGAGAGAAUGAUAGUGUUAUUGUAGUAUUGUAAUAGUUAUGAUAGAAAUUUUUGUAUAUGAAUAAUUGUUAAAUAAAACUGAUCAAGUAA